AGGCCGCCUCCCCUUGUAUAAAAACUCCAACUCAACCGUCAUUUCUUUCUCUUUCUGUUACCUGACUGGGGGCAGCUGCAGUGGCCGUGUGAUCUAAUAACACCGAAACUAAAACAAUGGGAAAGGAAAAGAUCCACAUCAACAUCGUGGUCAUUGGCCAUGUCGACUCCGGGAAGUCCACCACCACAGGUCAUCUGAUCUACAAAUGCGGGGGCAUCGACAAGAGAACCAUCGAGAAAUUCGAGAAGGAAGCCGCUGAGAUGGGCAAGGGCUCCUUCAAGUAUGCCUGGGUGCUGGACAAGCUGAAGGCAGAGCGUGAGCGUGGUAUUACCAUUGAUAUCGCCCUGUGGAAGUUUGAGACUGGCAAGUACUAUGUUACCAUCAUUGAUGCUCCUGGACACAGGGACUUCAUCAAGAACAUGAUCACCGGUACCUCACAGGCUGACUGUGCUGUGCUUAUCGUUGCUGGUGGUGUGGGUGAGUUUGAGGCUGGUAUCUCCAAGAACGGCCAGACUCGUGAGCACGCUCUCCUGGCUUUCACCCUGGGAGUGAAGCAGCUCAUUGUUGGCAUCAACAAGAUGGACUCCACCGAGCCCCCCUACAGCCAGAAGCGUUACGAUGAGAUCACCAAGGAGGUCUCCACCUACAUCAAGAAGAUUGGUUACAACCCCGCCGCUGUCGCCUUUGUGCCCAUCUCUGGGUGGCACGGAGACAACAUGCUGGAGCCCUCCAGCAACAUGCCCUGGUUCAAGGGGUGGAAGGUUGAGCGCAAGGACGGUAAUGCCAGUGGAGUUACUCUGCUGGAGUCCCUCGAUGCCAUCCUGCCCCCAUCCCGCCCCACCGACAAGCCCCUCCGUCUCCCCCUGCAGGACGUCUACAAAAUCGGCGGUAUUGGAACAGUGCCCGUGGGCCGUGUGGAGACUGGUACCCUGAAGCCCGGUAUGGUCGUCACCUUCGCCCCCGCCAACGUGACCACUGAGGUCAAGUCUGUGGAGAUGCACCACGAGACCCUGACCGAGGCUAUGCCCGGUGACAACGUCGGUUUCAACGUCAAGAACGUGUCCGUCAAAGAUAUCCGUCGUGGUAACGUGGCUGGAGACAGCAAGAACGACCCUCCCAUGGCUGCUGGCACCUUCACUGCCCAGGUCAUCAUCCUGAACCACCCUGGACAGAUUUCCCAAGGCUAUGCCCCCGUUCUGGAUUGCCACACAGCUCACAUCGCCUGCAAGUUCAGUGAGCUCAAGGAGAAGAUCGACCGUCGUUCCGGCAAGAAGCUUGAGGACAACCCCAAGGCCCUCAAGUCCGGAGACGCAGCUAUCGUUGAGAUGAUCCCAGGGAAGCCCAUGUGUGUCGAGAGCUUCUCUGACUACCCUCCCCUUGGUCGCUUUGCCGUGCGUGACAUGAGGCAGACCGUUGCCGUUGGCGUCAUCAAGGCUGUUGACAAGAAGACCGCCUCAGGUGGCAAAGUCACCAAGUCUGCACAGAAGGCCGGUGGUAAAAAGUGAAUUCUGCUGCCACAGGUUGCCCCUCGGGUCGCGGGCUCUGCUGCCCAACAUUUUGCAGAACCUCGGCACCUGAAUUCUGUACUAAAGGACUGGUUAAUGCUGAUUAAGACCCAUCGCAAAAGUUUUCGCAGGAAAAGAACCCAACACGGAUAAAAAAAAAAAACCUUGGUGUUGUCGCUAGAAUGACAGUGCCUCUUUCAUUUGUUAAAAUUUGAGUUGGUAAUGGUUUAGAACUGCGCCUGUUGAUGCCACAAAGUAAUUGGCAAGAAAGCUGCUGGUAACUAAUAAAGGUCUUUUGAAUUUCUUGACCAACA